GCUCGCGCUCCUCUCCGUCUGCAGUCUCCGUAGCUUUCACUGCAUGUCAGCGCGCGCGCUCUCUCUCUCUCCCCUCCUUCACAGCCAUUUUUCUUUUACACCCCGCCGGAACAGCAGCGCAGCGCAGCGCAGAGCCGGAAUACAGUGCGGGAGGAACUCGGGACUCUGCUUGACUAACCCCGGGGGGUCUCACUGCGGUUUGUGUGAGGGGAAGCUUGUAUUUAUUUAUUUAUUUAUUACAAUUUGUUUACCCCAGCGAUGUCGACAGCAGCAGCAGCUGCAGCAGCGGUGUGUGGCCCUGCUGCUGCCGCCGGCGGCGGCCCGAAUCCCGGAUCCGGAGCCGAGCUGGUCCGCGGGCAGGCCUUCGACGUCGGGCCACGGUACACCAACCUGUCCUACAUCGGCGAAGGCGCUUAUGGGAUGGUUUGUUCAGCGUAUGAUCGGGAUAAUAAAGUGCGCGUGGCCAUUAAGAAGAUCAGCCCUUUCGAGCACCAGACGUACUGCCAGCGCACUCUCCGCGAGAUCAAGAUCCUGCUCCGCUUCAAACACGAGAACAUCAUCGGCAUCAACGACAUCAUCCGUGCGCCCUCCAUCGACCAGAUGAAAGACGUCUACAUCGUGCAGGACCUGAUGGAGACCGAUCUGUACAAGCUGCUGAAGACGCAGCACCUCAGCAACGAUCACAUCUGCUACUUCCUGUACCAGAUCCUGCGUGGCCUGAAGUACAUCCACUCAGCCAACGUACUCCACAGAGACCUGAAGCCCUCUAACCUGCUGCUCAACACCACCUGCGAUCUCAAGAUCUGUGAUUUUGGACUCGCGCGUGUAGCCGACCCGGACCAUGAUCACACCGGGUUCCUCACAGAGUAUGUAGCUACACGCUGGUAUCGGGCCCCGGAGAUCAUGCUCAAUUCAAAGGGUUAUACCAAGUCCAUUGAUAUCUGGUCAGUGGGAUGUAUUCUGGCUGAAAUGCUCUCAAACAGACCCAUAUUUCCUGGCAAGCACUACCUGGACCAGCUCAAUCACAUUUUAGGUAUCCUUGGCUCACCCUCACAAGAAGACCUGAACUGCAUCAUCAACAUAAAGGCCAGAAACUACCUGCUCUCCCUGCCACUGCGCUGCAAAGUGCCCUGGAACCGCCUCUUCCCGACCGCCGACCCUAAAGCAUUGGAUCUGUUGGAUAAGAUGCUGACCUUUAACCCCCAUAAGAGGAUUGAGGUGGAGCAGGCCCUGGCACACCCUUAUCUGGAGCAGUACUACGACCCAACCGACGAGCCUGUCGCCGAGGCGCCGUUCAAAUUCGACAUGGAGCUUGACGACUUGCCCAAAGAGACCCUCAAGGCACUCAUCUUCGAAGAAACGGCGCGCUUCCAACCAGGCUACAGACCAUAACAUAACCAACUACAUGUCCUACAUCUUCAAAUUUCACUCUUCCCCAUACUGUUCUUCCUUUUUUUUUUUUUUUUUAGAUCAUUGUCAUCAUUACUAUUACACUGACUUUCCCCCCUUUUUAUUUUCUUCUGCUUUUUUUUUUCCCCUAAAUCAAAAUUGCUCUGGAUUUCCAUCUUGACUCCUUUCUUUCCUUCCCUUUCAGUCUUCAUCUGUCUCUUUCCUUGGUCUCUUCUGAGAUUUGAGUUUAGACAAAGGGUGUGUGUACAAUACGUGUGUGUGUGGUGAAAUACGGAGUGCAGGCUGACCAGAAUAUCGUCGAGGGUUUGCUUCUUCAGACGAAACUCUUUAUGCUUCAGUAAAAUCCUGUGAUCGUGUAACUGCUGUGCUUAAAUUUUUGGGAUUUUUUUUUUUUAAAGAGCUUCUCGUCAGUCUCACUCCCGCUUUCCUGUAAAGCCAUUUUCAAGUCAAGGCCAAAUUCGGGGAAAGAAAGAAACAAACCCACAGUUCAGUUUGCCAAGGUGCCGUAUGUGUAAGGCUUUUAAUUAACUUCUUUAGCUAACAUGCCACGUGCCAUUUAAAUAAUAUAAUAUAAUCAGUAGGGGGUCGUGUAGGUUUUUUUUUUUUUUUUUUUUAAAUUGUAUUACUGAUUUAGUAUAUUGUAGGUGUUCCUUAAAUGUUCCAGAUUGGUUGCUGUUUAGGGGAAAAAAUUCAAAAGAGCUCAAUCACCAAAGGAGGAAAAAAAACCCGGUUAUUUGGGCACCUUGGGGGUGAAAAGAAUAAUUUUUUUUUUUUUUGGGUCUGUAGAGUUAAGAGGUAGACGUCGAGGUGCAUAAGAUGUGCUCUGAAUCAUAUCGAAUCACACACAGGGAUGAAGAAAGGGUGGAAGGUCAAAUAUUCAUAAGGGGUAAUUUGUGGUUACAUGUUGCCACGUUUAAAAAAGAAAAAAGGGGUUAUUACUGAAACAUGAGCUAAAAAAGUGCAGUGCCUCGUCGUUUUUCUCUCGUAUAUCUUCAUGCCUCUCUUUGCUUUCCUUUUCCAGUGUGUGUCUGCCCUCUCUUUGUCUCUCGCCUUCUCUCAAUAAGACUGUGUCCUUGCAUGACUGUUAAAAGAAAAAAAAGCUUUCUAUACAAAGAACAUGGACCUGCCACACUGCUGGGGAUUCCACAUCGGGACUCUCAGGCCUUUUUUUUUUUUUUUUUUUCCCCCCCCUCCUUUUCUUGGUGGUGGUUGUUAGUUAUAUUUCCACCAUCUUUUCUUCUUUCUGUUGUUGUUAUUGUUGGUUUGGGUGUGUGUAGUGUGUGUUUGUUUUUUCCUUCAACUUUUUCAACCUUUUUAAGAGUUUCAGAGAGUAGAUUUUUUUUUUACAAAACCGAGUCAGGUUAACACGCAGAGAGAAAGAUGACGGAGUGAAGUCAGCGGUGUCUAGCCAUGGAGAUGUUGACUACACAGGAAACCUCACCUUUUACUCAGCGCCAAUCAAAGCCACGCUUUCUCGCUUUAACAAAUCAGUAAAAGUCGGCGUCGAGCGCAGAUCUACCAGCGUGUACCUGAAAGAGCUAACUAGCACUUAUCGAAUGGGGAGAAAAAAAAACUAACGAGGGUGGAGAAUGAGAAUUGGGAAUCAGAUCAGACUGCGCUUUCUUUGGUUCAUUUUAUAUCCAGCAUGAUGCCAUCCCAGGCUUGACCCAGCGUCAGGUGCUAAAGAGGAUGAUGUUCGGUUAAUUAGAGCAGAGAAAAUGGGAUUUAUUAUUUUUUUUUCUGUAUUAUUUUUUUUGUUGUUCCUGAAAAGCACUGCAAAAACCUGUAAGAUAGCUUCAGCCAAGUCCCUGUGCAGCCUGUCUGUUCUGUGUGCCUUUACUCAUUACGAAUAACGGUUUAUUAUCGUGCAGCUUCGUUUCGUCGGGGAUCAGUUGUGAUUUUUUGCGGUAUAUUCUUAAAUACAUAUAUAUAUUUAAAAAAGGAAGAAAAAAAAAGGAAAAAAAGUAAAAUCAACACAGAAAAAAAAUCUUAACUCUGAUUUCUGUCAUUUUAAGUCCACAGCUUUUGUGAAUUUUGUGAUGGAGUUUGGGAAGGUAUUAAUUAAUUAAGUAAUUAAUUAAAAAAUAAAGCUUUUAUUUCCACCUCAAGUUGAUCCACCACUCUUUUUUGGAGGCUUCUUGAGGGUUUUUUUUUUUUUUUUGGGAUGUUUUUGUGCAAGUCUUUUUUUUUUUUGUUUGUUUGGAUUUUUUCUUUUCUUUUUUUUAAUUGUAAACUGAAUGUUUCUAGUGGUUAUUAAUCUCGUUACAGAAUUGUAUCCAUGUAUUAAACUCUUCUGUAAAGUAAUGUUCUAAACAACGGAAGACUUUUGUUGUGGAUUUCUCUUACAGGUUGAACGUUUCCCCGCCUCUCCCUCGCCUCUGACCUUCACUGGAGGUGAGGUGGUGAUGUAAUCAUUGGGGGAAACAUUAUAAUUGAAUAUUAAAAUCUAUUAAAAUAUGUUGCACCUUGAAAAAGAAAAAAGUAAUUACAGGUUUGUCUUUGCUGCUGACAGACGAACCUUUUGUUUGGUUUUUUUUAAUGAUUAUUAUUAUUAUUAUUAUUAUUAUUAUCGGGUAAUUUAGCAUCUGCCAAGUCAUAUAACCUGAACACCAGAAUAAACACUGUAUCCUAU